AAGCUCUAGCCGGGCCCGGGGGAACGAACGCCCCGCGGAACUCCUCUUCGCGGAGCAGCCCGGGCCGCCCUUCGCCGCGGCCGCGGCCUCAGCGCCGAGCACUACAACUCCCGGCAUGCCGUGAACGCGAUGGCCGAGGCGCGGGGGCGGAGCCCGGCCCUGCGGCGCUCCCCGCUCGCCCGCCCCGGCCCCCCGGCUGCCCGGGCCGCGCGCGGAGCGGGCACGCGAGCCAUGGAGGAGCCGCCGCCCCCGGCCCCGGCCCAGCCCGCGGGCUCCUGCAAGCCGCACCUGGAGAAGCUGACCCUGGGGGUCACCCGCAUCCUGGAAUCAUCCCCAGGUGUGACAGAGGUGACCAUCAUAGAAAAGGCACCUGCUGAACGUCACAUGAUUUCUUCAUGGGAACAAAAAAAUAACUGUGUGCUGCCUGAGGAUGUGAAGAAUUUUUACCUGGUGACCAAUGGCUUCCACAUGACAUGGAGUGUGAAGCUGGAUGAGCACAGCAUCCCAUUGGGCAACAUGGCAAUUAAUAGUAUCACAAAACUGACUCAACUCAACCAGUCUUCCAUGUACGCACUUCCUAAUGCACCAACUCUGGCUGACCUGGAGGACGAUACACAAGAAGCCAGUGAGAACCAGCCAGAGAAGCCCCACUUUGACUCUCGCAGUGUGAUAUUUGAGCUGGACCCUUGCAAUGGGAAUGGGAAGGUUUGCCUCGUCUACAAAAAAGGGAAACCAGCAUUAGCGCAAGACUCUGAGAUCUGGUUCCUGGACAGAGCGCUGUACUGGCAUUUCCUCACAGACACCUUUACUGCCUAUUACCGCCUGCUCCUCACACACCUGGGCCUGCCCCAGUGGCAGUACGCCUUCACCAGCUAUGGCAUUAGCCCACAGGCCAAGCAAUGGUUCAACAUGUAUAAGCCCAUCACCUACAACACGAGCCUGCUCACUGAAGAAACUGACUCCUUUGUGAACAAGCUGGAUCCCAGCAAAGUGUUCAAGAGCAAGAACAAGAUCUUAAUCCCCAAAAAGAAAGGGCCUGUUCCAUCUGCAGGCAGCCAGAAAGGGCCCUCGGGUCCUCCCUCUGCCCCCUCCACCCCUAAGUCCUCCUCUGGCUCUGGAAACCCUGUGCGGAAAUGAGUCCCCUCCCCGCCAGCUCCCAAGCGAUGAUUUCCAGGCACAGAUGCCCGGGGGGCCCAAGCCUGAGGGCCUCCUCCCAUCUGAGUGACCAAACCCCAGGCCUCUUACUCCCAUGAAUUAGCCAGGAGUUGGAAGGGCAUACUCAGGUCUCCCCAGGAGUCCUCCUCUCAUGCCACCCCUACCUCCAGAAGAUGUGCAAAAUUUUAGAUCUUGUUUAAAGUAGCCAAAUAGAUCUGUUCAGAGGUUCCUCUCUUCCCAGCAGCAGCCCUCUCAGCAGUAACUGAGGAGUGCCCCAAAGAAGCCGCUGGUUUAGAACCACGAGGCAUUAGAAUUGCAAUGUUCUGUUGGUAGCCACUAGUCACAUGUUGCUAUUUAAAUCUAAGUUAUACUACAAAGCCAUGUCCUUAUUACAUAUCUUGCAUUAUAGCUACACUUGGAAUAUUCAUGUGGCUAGUGGAUUCCACAUGGACAGCGCAGAGAUAAUGGGACAUUUCUAUCACCACAGAAAAUUCUAUUGGAUGGCACCCCAUUAGAAUCUUCCCACUGUUCUUCCUCAGUUCAAUUAAUCUUUGUUAGGGAAUGUUGAUACCUUAAUUUGAUGAUUAUAAUGUUCUAUGGAAACUCUUGAAAAUAUAAUUGUAUGUUCCUUAUAUCCUUCACACAAAUCUGCAUAUUUCUUUUUCAGUUGUUUUUAUAAAGUUUCUUGCUUCCAA